CGUGUUUUGAUUGCAAGAGUUGGGAAAUAUUGGCUGAAUUAUUUACUAAAAGCUUUUAGAAAUGACUUCUAGAGGACAAUCAGAAACGCAUAAACUGAAGCAAAAUCUCGAGGAGCAGCUAGACCGUCUUGUAGCUCAAUUAUCGGAUUURGAAGAGUGCAGAGAAGAUCUUGAUGAAGAUGAAUAUGAAGAAACCAAGAAAGAAACAUUAGAACAGCUCAAAGAGUUUAAAGUUUCUUUGGAUAAGAUGCUAGCUGGUGAUAUGACCCUUGUUGAUGAUUUGAACAGUAUGCAGUUGGCUAUUCAAGCUGCCAUAAGUCAAGCUUUUAAAACUCCUGAAGUUAUCAGAAUGUUCGCCAAGAAACAACCUGGACAGUUGAGGCAGAGACUGGCAGAGAUGCAAAGAGAUUUGAAAACAGGACAUAUGAGUGAAGAUGUAUACACACAACAAGCUGUAGAAAUAUUAACAGCAUUAAAGAAACUAGGCGAGCAGCUCAAGCCACAAGAGGUCUCAUUUCUGGCUGCCAAUUCUAAUGCUGCUCUGAGUUCAUUCGAAAAAGUAUCAGAAAAUAUAGGGAGUGGAGACAACCUUCUUAAAAUGGCUGGUUCACAAGUAGAAAAUGCUCAGAAAUAGAUACAGUACAUCAGUAGGUAGACAAUAUUAAUUAUAGAUAAUACUGUAAUAUAGCCAGCGAAGGAGCCCUCUUGGGAUCCCUGUGGCUAUGCAGGUCAAUAGUAAUGUCAGUUUUUAAAAAUAAUGAUUGACAGCCGUGAAGGGUAAAAUCUAACGACCAAAUGAGUGCAGCUCAUUUGUCAUCAAACCUGAUCUAAGUUCAGAUAAGUGUUUGACUUUUAAGAAAAUUAAAACCAAAAUCAACCAAUGAAGAAUAUACUAUCGAGUUGUUAUGGAAAACCGCUGGAUCGAAGAUAACAGCUUUAUAACAUCAAGUUUAUUAAAAUCUACAAGGAAAAAAUGGAAGAAGAUGAAUAGAAGAAAAUCUUGGUUUAUGAGAUUUCGAGUUUCAAGACACCUGUUUUAGUUGUAGUUGAUUGCACGUAAAUCGACAAGGAUAUAAGAAGCAUUAAGAACAUUAAUGUAGUUACCUUUGGCUACCAUUAAUGCUUAUUUUAACGUACAACAAUUAUACCAAAAGGAGCUUAUAAAUAAAGAUAUCAAAUUCAUAUCUAGAUCUAAAA